CCGUCCUCAUACGCCUUCUGUCCCGGAUUCCAUCUUCCGCGUUGCCUCACUUGCUCCCCUGGGAAGCUCCACCCCUGCGAAGCUGACCGUUCUUGGAGUGUUAGGAACAUCGUACCUCUUAUAAUUGCACCCUGGGCUUUCGACCACAGCAAUCACAAUAAUGGAUCAACAAGGCCGGCCUAAUCCCGUAGGCCGUUCCGGCCGUCCCAUCCACAUUGCUCAUCGACGGAGCCCGUCUGAGCUUACUCCUCUCAUGAUGAGCCAACUCCACUACGCUCGCGGUAUCGAUGAAAUACAGCAGCAACAGCAGCAGAUCCUUGCUACCCAUCAGCAGUUGGUGAACAUGGGCAUGAUAGCACAGCAACAGCCUCUGCCGGCCAACUUCCAGAUGCUGCCUCAGAUGUCCAACGUUUCUCCACACGCCAACAACUACCAGUUUCCACCGCAAAUGCCGCAACAGCAACUCGCAGUGCCUGUGAACACUCCGCCGCAAGGCUCUUCCCAUCGCCGCAACCAAUCCGCUUUACCGAAUGUGGGUAUGGGACCGCCCCCGGCUCCCUCCUCGGGCGCUUCCGGGUUUGGUGAUUUUCAAGGACAACAGGGCAACCAGGGCAGAGAGAACAUAAACCCCCGUGGUCGCGGCGGCGGUGCUGCGGGCUCCGGUCACACUCGCCGUCACUCCCUCGCCCUACCAGAGGCUAAGAAGGCCGCCGAGUUGGCUGAGCAGAAGCGGAAGGCCUCUGGUUUCCAGUUUCCUCUGCCAUCGGCGGGGGGUGCCGAGGAAAAGCGCGAAUCCAGUCCGGCCAGGUCUGGAACUACUCCAACCGACCAGCCAGCUCUUCGUGGCGGUCGCAUUGCCCACGGUCGUAGCCAGAGCAUGGCCGUGGGUCGCGGCGGCGGUCAUGUUGGGCGCGGAGGUGGGAGCUUCCAGUUUCCUGGUCCGCAAGCCGAUGGCAAUGGUCAAUCGGGACAGUCCGAUUUCCAACGCCGUGGUAGCGGCCAUACCCGGAGCUCCUCUCGCAACUUCGAGGGCAACUGGAGGCAGCCCAAUAACCAGCAACAACAGCAGACGCAGGACAACCAAGCCCAAAAUAUGGGCAAUUUCAGUCUGAACCAAACCGCCAAUGCCGCCCCGUUUCAACCCGGUCAUCGCGCUCGUGGCUCCGUCAACCAAUCCAUCGGUUCCCUUGGAAACUUCCAAUAUCAGGGUCAGCCACAGGUGCUGCAGCUUCCGCAGGGCCCGGUUCUGAUGACACCACAGCACAUGUUCCCACCCCAAGGCCUUAAUCCUUUGCAGUUGGCCCACCUACAAGCCCUCCAGGCCGGUCAAUUGAACGUGCAAGGCAUGGGAGGCCUUCAGGCCAGCCAGCACGCGCAGCCUCAGAUGGGUAUUCAGCAGCAACAGCAGCGCAAGACCCUGUUUACCCCGUACCUUCCACAGGCUAGUCUUCCGGCCCUUCUCGCGGACGGUCAGCUGGUUGCAGGAAUCCUUCGCGUCAACAAAAAGAAUCGCAGCGACGCAUACGUGACUACGAGCGACCUGGAUGCUGACAUUUUCAUCUGUGGCAGCAAAGACCGGAAUCGAGCUCUAGAAGGCGAUAUGGUGGCAGUUGAGCUUCUCGAUGUUGACGAAGUCUGGGGUCAGAAGCGCGAGAAGGAGGAAAAGAAGAAGCGAAAGGACAAUGCUGACCCUCGCGGCGCUGGCCUUGCCGUAAACGAUGCCACUACCCAGCCUGAGACAGGGCAGUUGGGCGAGGGCGGUGUUCGCCGGAGAGGCAGUUUGCGGCAGAGACCAACGCAGAAGAAGAACGAUGACGUAGAAGUGGAGGGCCAAAGCCUGCUUCUCAUGGAGGAGGAGGAGAUUAAUGAUGAGCAGAAGCCUCUUUAUGCUGGCCACAUUGUGGCGGUUAUCGAGCGUGUGGCUGGGCAGAUGUUCUCAGGAACCCUCGGCCUUCUCCGACCCAGCAGCCAAGCCACGAAAGAAAAGCAAGAAGCUGAACGUCAAGCCCGUGAAGGAGGCUCGGCCCGUCAACAACCCGAGCGUCAACAGGAUAAACCAAAGAUUGUGUGGUUCAAGCCGACUGAUAAGCGCGUUCCCCUUAUCGCUAUUCCGACCGAACAGGCCCCUAGGGACUUCGUAGAGAAGCACCAGGAGUACGCGAACAGAAUCUUUGUCGCCACCAUCAAGCGCUGGCCGAUCACUUCGCUUCACCCUUUCGGCACCCUGGUGGAGAUGCUGGGUGAGAUGGGGGAUCCGAAAGUCGAGACCGAUGCGCUUCUCCGGGACAACAACUUCGGGCCCGAAGCCUUUACCGAUGCUGUGUUGAAGUCAGUCGGGUUCGAAGACUGGUCUGUCGAGAGUGACGGUGCGGAAGCCUUGGCCAAACGGAGAGAUUUCCGGGAUGUGGAGACAUUCACCAUCGAUCCAAACGGAAGCAAGGAACUAGACGAUGCCAUCCACUUCAAACGCUUAGAUGGCGGCCUUGUUGAGGUUGGCAUACACGUUGCUGAUGUAGCUCACUUCAUCAAGCCCAACAGCCUGGUUGACCGUGAGGCGAAGAAGCGUGGUACCGCCGUAUAUCUCAUGGAUCGGACAGUCAACAUGCUUCCUCCUCGCUUGUCCUCGGAAAUCUGCUGCUUGAGCCCGGGUCAGGACAGGUACACUGUCAGCGUCGUUUUCAAGAUUGACCCCAAAUCCGGCCACGUCCUUGAGGACGAGACCUGGAUUGGCAAGGCCGUGAUCAGGAGCUCCGGCAAGUUGACGUUCGAAGAGGUUGAUUCGGUGAUUAGUGGUCGCAAUGACCUCUCUGUACCGGCUUCGCGAGCGGAGGACAUCAAGACGCUUUACGACAUUGCAAUCAAGUUCCGUCAGGCACGCUUCGGGGACCGCGCCACCGAAAUCCCGCCGCUCCGGCUCAUCUACCAGCUUGAUGAUGAGAAUAUUCCAGUUGAGGGGAAUAUAUUCAAUUCUUCGCCCGCGCACGACCUCGUCGAGGAGAUUAGCCACAAGACCAAUGCCUUUGUAGCCAAGAAGCUGCUUGCCGGACUACCUGAGAAAGCCUUCUUGCGACGUCAGCCGUCACCCAACCCUCGUCGGUUGGACACCAUCGCGCAGAGAAUGAACGCCAUCGGGUAUCCCAUCGAUACGACGAGCAGUGGUACUUUGCAGAAUAGUUUGUUCCAGGUUGAAGACCCGGAUAUCCGGAAGGGAAUUGAGACUCUCAUCAUCAAAUCCAUGACGCGAGCGAAGUAUUUUGUUGCUGGCAAAACUACGGCGGACCAGUACCAACAUUACGCUCUGAAUCUCCCAGUGUAUACGCACUUUACGAAUCCAUCCCGGCGGUACGCGGACAUCAUAGUGCAUCGUCAACUUGAAGCCAUUUUGUCCAAUGGAGAGGUCGAGUUCGCCGAAGAUAUGGAAGCUCUGAACAAGACAGCCGAGUUGUGCAACACCAAGAAGGACUCUGCUCACAGUGCCCAAGAGCAGAGCGUACACAUUGAGUCUUGUCGCCAAAUGGACAAGAAACGACAAGAAGUGGGCGGUGACCUUAUCAGCGAAGGUAUCGUCCUCUGUGUCUACGAGUCGGCCUUUGACGUUCUCAUCCCCGAAUAUGGCUUCGAGAAGCGUGUCCAUUGCGAUCAGCUGCCCCUGAAGAAAGCGGAGUUCGACAAGAAUCAGCGACUUUUGGAACUAUUCUGGGAGAAGGGAGUGCCCUCGUCGGCGUACAUUCCGGAGGAUGAGCGACCGAAGCCGGUGUCUGCUCGUGCGGCUAAUGCGGCGGCUGCGGCACGUGACGCUGAACUCGCCAAACAGCGUGCCAGGGAACAAGAAGAGGCGCAACGGAAGAACACGGAGACAGGAACCAUGUCGACAGCUGCUGUAGACGCACUCUUCGAUGACGAUGAAGACGAAGAUGCAGACAAUCUGGCUGGCUCGAUGGCUGGUGUUUCACUCAAUCCGAACGGCGCGGACCGUCCAACUCAAAGCAUGCCACCUUCCCCCACAAGGGGUGCGCUCUCGACGGGUCAGGCCCCUCACCGCGUCAACUCGGAUUCCAAGCUGUCGCAGAGUGCCAACGAAGUGCCCGAGUCCAAGCUUACGAAUAAGGAAAAGUAUCUCGAUUGGUUCACCUUGCGGGAAGAGAAUGGCGACUACAUCCAAGAAGUGCGGGAAAUGACCCGUGUUCCGAUCAUCUUGAAGACGGAUUUGACGAAGAGCCCACCGUGCCUCACCAUCCGUUCCCUCAACCCUUUUGCUCUCUAAUCUCUCUUGAUGCGGUCGGGAUGUUCCAUUAGGGACGAUACUGCGUCUGGUCGGACGUGAGCAAUAUAACAAACCGCUACUCCCCAUGAUUAAUCUAUCCAUUACUCGCCGUCGACGAACGGUCAGGGAAACGAACGAAGAGUGCGUCUAGUCGGCAGAUCGACGAUUUGGCCCAGAUAAC